CCCAGAUUUUCUCAAACAAUCCAUAGAGCAUCUCAGCAAGCAUCUCUGGAUCUACCUUGAGUGCUUCCGCUGGAAUCUCAUCUGUGCCUGCUGCCUUGCCAUUCUUCAGUUGUUUGAUGGCCUUCCUGAUUUCUUCCCUGGUGGGCUUACCACAAUCAAUUGGCAGGUCUUCCUCUGCGGCGGGGAUGUCUGGUGUAUUUGCUGGAGCUGGUCUGUUAAGAAGCUCCUCAAAGUGUUCUGCCCAUCUACCUAGCUGUUUAUCCGCACCCAUCAAGACACUUCCGUUCUUAUCUUUGACCGGACGUUCUGUUCGUCCAAACUUAGUAGUCCCUAGGCGUUCUCUUUUUGUUCGCACCCAGAGUCUGAUUGACGAGCGCGAAGCCUGAGGGGCGUCAUUAAGUCAUCGAAGCAGGCUCCAAAACAGACAUUUGUGGAAAAAAGGUGGGGGCAGGAGGUAGGGGAAAUAGCGAAUUCUAAGUUAUUUUUGCAACUGAAGUGAUCAGCAAGGAUGCAUAAGAUAUCCCUUUUUGUGUAGCUUUUCUUUCACUUUUACAUGACUUAGAUGAAAAUUCUUCUGAAAUUCAGUGUUGCGAAAGAACCCUCUUUUCACAGGUCUGAAGAAAAAUGGCGUCAUUUGUUAUGUUGUUAUUCGGCGCUUGUAGCAGCUCUCUAUUUCUACCCAUACUAACUUUCGGUCGCGUACGCUUGACAGGGUUUGAUUCGACAAAUAGCUGAAUGUGCUAAAGAAAGUCCCACAUGCGGAAACCGCUGGGCUGUAGGGGGAAAACGCUCGAUUUGCUCCUUUUAAAUCAGCAGCAGAAACAACAACUGUAGCAAAGGCUACAACAGUUAGGAAGGUAGGUCAGCUGGCCAGUCAGUCGGUCAGUCAUUCAGCAGUGGGUCAGUCAGUCAGUCAGUCAGUCAGUCAGUCAGUCAGUCAGUCGGCCAGUCAGUUAGUGAUUUGGUCUGUCAGUCGAUGGGUCAAGCAUUCACUUAGCAUGUUAGGCAAUCAACCAGUCAGUGCAACUUUUUUGUGCAACGACAGCAACAAACUUCGCUGGAGGAAGGGAGGGACUGAGAAUGGAGAUAUCGAGAGUGGAGGGAGGUCUGGGCAAGAGCGAACGCGAUGUGAACUCAUUCACACAAACAUCAGUAAGUUUGUGUAGUAUUUGAGGCAUUAAAUUGUCGCCAGCGAUAUAAGAAAGAAACAGUCAAUCGUCUUGUUUUUAAAGACUUCUUCUUUACUCUUUCGUAGAAGCAGAUGUCAAACAAACCAUGCAGCCAGCCAUAAACAAUGCUUUAUGAGGAGAUAAGACUCUUUUAUCUGUCCCAGCGUGAUUGAUUCUGCUCCAUUUCGUACAUUACACGUUCCCAUCUCUUAAAACUCCAAACUGCCUCUCAUACUGUCUUAGGAGCUGCAGUUUUGUCGUUAAAUGAUUUCUUCUGGGAAUCUAAAGGACACUGUUGUGUGAUUUGAAAUCAACUGAAUGAAUUUAAUGUUCUGUCAGCAAUGGAGAUGACAUUAUGGCUCCUUUUGUUCAUUUCUCCUCUUCUGAGGCUUGCAUCCUGUGAACAUGUUAUUCAGACUUUUUAUGGCGAAAUAGGCCCUGGAAAUUUGACUUAUUUUACCCUAAAGAAAGAAGGAGAUGUGACAUUGAUUCUGGAGAGUACGGAAGGUGAUGCUGACAUUUAUAUAUCACAGGAUAGUCUCAAACCUGAUUUUGAUAACUAUGACCUGAAGUCGGACACUUGCGGCGAAGAUGUUGUUACUAUUCCAAGUUAUUACAAGAGACCAAUUGGAAUAUCAGUGUUUGGACACGUGUAUGCUCCCGUAACAAAGUACACAAUGAAAGUUUUGAUGGAUUAUUCUGGGGGAGAAGAAAGUGAAAGACAGUAUAGUGAAAGUGAAGAACAAGAGGAGUCAAUUCUUUGGACCUUAUUAGUCAACAUUUUGAAGAUUAUUUUAGAGAUUCUCCUGUAACCAGCACUGGUGCAAGUUUAUGUGUAAACUUUGAACCGCUUUCUUCAGAUGUGCUGCCAACAUCAAGUGAAUAAUAAACAUUGGCACAGUAAUUUCCUGAGUAUGUUCCACUAAAGGAGUUGAGCUCAGUUACAAAUAGAUUGAAAAAACGUUUUUUAUGAACAGAAAGAACCCGUAAUGUUAAUAUUAUCAGCUCAAGUUAAAGGGAGUCAAGGAGUCUAGUUUGACUGUAAUUGCAGCUAAAUUCAGUGUAAAGUAUAAAGGCAGUGCAAAUUGAUCUUGAUGAAGUGCCAUGCAAUCAUGUUAUGCAUCAAUUGAAAUCUUUUUCGCGAGACUAAACUGCAUACAGCAAAGACUUGGUGUAUCUCUUGGGGUCUCUUCAAGCGAUGACAAUUUUCGGCUCAUGGUUUGUGGUUAGAAUUUUUAACAGGACCAUGACGUGUCAUGACGGCGUGAUGCUCAGUUCAGUAAUGUACAAUGAUGUGAAUCAACAUGAUUGAUUUCAUGGUGCAAUUGUAUGAUGAAUUAAGCUGGAAAUACCCUUAAAUGACACUCCCCUGGUCCUUGUGAUUUUGUCGCGUUUUUUUGUGGCCCGUGCAAAUCAGUGGUGUCUGGUUUUUCCCAGCCUUGCGAGAUUCAGGUACAGUAGUGUUAGUGUUUGGUUAAGUUUUUUUAGUGCUACCUAAGGAUGUAGUUCUGGUUGGGGCAAGUGUUAACUAAAAUGUGACCGUUCAAGUAGCAUUGUUUAGUAGUUUUACAAUUUAAGCAGUUUAACUGCAACUGGCAUUUAUCUGGAAGUUGAAGUUGUUAGUGACUCUACUGAAUCUGAAAUCUACUGUAAGAGUACGACAGUUUUUGUUUUGGCUCAAAAGGCUUUCUUGAUGGGCUAUUUUUCUGAAGGGGUUGAGGGGGGUAUUCUUAGCAAGAAUGAUCAUAAUUGUAAGACUUGUUGGGAUUAUUUUGAGGGGAAUGUAAUAUCUGGAAAGUUAAUAUUUAGAAAAGAGCACUGUCAAUGUACUGACAAAUGAGGAUUGAAACUUUGAAAAACAUAAGCUACUUUGUAAUAGGAAUAAAUUUAUUGUUCUCUAUGAGCUAACUAACAAUAAUUUAUAGGAAACCUCUGGGUUUAUUAUGGACCUUUCCCGCAUCCCAACAAACAAUGAUGCCAAAUUAAGCAGAGGUCAGGGUGGACAAAAAUACAGCAAAUGUAUGAAAAUGUCCAUCCCAACCUCGCUCUGGUGCUAUUGUCCGUACGCACUGAAGUGGAAUGCAGGAAAAGUUUAUUAGGAAGCUGAUUUUUUUUGGUAU